GGGGGUGGUUCCUGAUCUAUGCAAUCAUGCAGGGUAGUACAAUCUGACAACAUACGGAACUGCAUUCUGCAAGGAAAACAUCCACAGGUAAGCCUGACAUCUGAUCACAAUCUAAGCGUCUUAGGGAGCACAUCUUACUGAUGGCCAUUGGGGGAGAGUAUGUACAAAAGAUAGGCAAGUGUUUCUUGAAAAAUGCACAUCUGUGGAACUAGGGUUAAGCAGCAUUUAGCACACGAGCUGCUGUGUUUAAAGGGAUCCUAUAGGCACCAAAACAACGUUAUCUUAAUAAAGCAGUUUGUGUAAAGAUCAUGGCCCUGCAGCACACUUCCCUGCAAGUGACUUACACUAAUGUUUACACUUUAUUGUAAAUUCGGUUUAAUUUUUGAAUGUCUUGUCUCCCUAUCUGUUAAUAGCCCUCUGGAUCCUGCAGGGGCCUCCUGUGUAUGACUAACGUUUACAGAGCAAGAUAUAAGAACUUCUAAAGCAAGUUAAAAUCUGAUUGAAAAUUAAACCAUUAUUUUACAUGCAGACAGUGUGAGUAACAGCCCAGGGAGGUGAGGCUAGGGCUGUAUAAACAGAAACAAAAGUGAUGUGAGCAGUGAGACUGCAUGGGCACGGCAUAUACAUCAAAACUGCUUAAUUAAACGGUUUUUCUAACCCUUUUUUUUUUUUUUAAAAACCUGUGAAUGUUGCCCUCUCCCAAUCGCUUGAAAAGCUUUCUAAAUGCAAAUGUGACUCACCUCAAUCCAGUGCUGCGCUACGCUCCUGGUGCUGCUUGGCGUGCGGUCUGACGUAACGGGAGCUGCGCUCAAGUACAAUCAAAGGCUUCUUGUAGAGAACUUCUAAUAGCACACACUGCACGCUGGAAACAGAUGAUUUAGAGAAUAGAAGUAUUUUGUAAAUUGAAAGAAUGAUGAUAUGGGAAUGCUUAGGCAUUCGCAGUGCAUUUAAUUACCAGGAUUGGUGUGGACUUGUAUGGCAUGUGCUGACCUUUGUAUGGCUGGAGGAAGCAGGUCUCCCAAUUGGGACAUACAUGGGUGGAGGACUUACUAUUGCAGCCAUUUGCAAGUAACUAUAAAACCAAAGUAGCAGAGUUGAAAAAGUAUUUUCUAAAUACCACAAACCAUUCCCAAGACUGAAAUGUUGCAAAUCUGAAUUUUGACAAAUUUUAGAACAUUAAAGUGGUGUUCUAAGCACCAUAAUCACAACAGCACACUGUAGUGGUUAUAGUUCCAAGAGUCAUCUGUCAGCCAAUAGCCAAACUGAUUUUGGUCCGUGGUCUGUAAAGUACAAGUUUCUGAAGCUACUGUACAGCAUAAGUACCCUGUGUGGUGAGAGGCUCAGAGCUAUAGAGAAAGAUCUAAUUGUACCAAAUACCGAUACUGCAGCAGUGUCCAUAAAUUUCAGAACAUCCAAUUAUCCUGGACUCAGCUCUCCAGUCUACUUGGUGCAAUCUCACCCCACACACGUACUUGGACAUGGAAUAGUCCCAUAGACCAAGGGUAGGCAACCUUCAGGACUCCAGAUGUUGUGGACUACAUCUCUUUAACCCCUUAAGGACCAAACUUCUGGAAUAAAAGGGAAUCAUGACAUGUCAGACAUGUCAUGUGUCCUUAAGAGGUUAAUGCUCUUACAGCCAUAAUGCUGCCAAAGCAUCUUGGGAAUUGUAGUCCAUGUGUGGAGUGCUGAAGGUUACCUACCCAUGCCAUAAACCAACAGGUUCGCGGAAUGCCCCUUUAAUUAAGAGAGCAGAGGGCAAUUACUUUCAAACUGGACCUGUUACUUUACACUAGAUAAAAAAACAAUUCACAAUGCAACAUAAGUUCAUCCUGUGUACUUUGGCUCAGUACAGAUUAUUCAGAUUAUCAAAAGAACAGGGAGACACGGCAGAUUUCAGAGAAGUAGAUCUAAUUCUAAUGUCUGGGUUCGAAAGAGAGGACUGAGAGUGAGGGAUGGGUUGGUAAAUUUUGUUUGGGUGGCUGAGAAGGUAGUCCAACACGAAUAUUUUGUUGUGGACAAAAUCCAGUAUGGUGUUGGGUGUAAAUCACUGACUUGGUAAAGACGUAAGGAAACAAAACAUUACUAAUGGAGUUAGAAUCCUAUAAAGAUGACAACAAUCUACUCUGUUACAUUAUUCACAUAUAUAUCUCCUGUAGCAGUUAGCGAAUGCAAAGCUUCAACUUUUAGUCCAAAAUAGCCAAGCUGAAAACUUAGCUGACGGAGAAUUUUUCCUAUUCAGCUAUUUGGGCCCUAAAUUUAAAACCACAUUGAAUUCCUGACAAUGCUGUAUUUAGUAAAUAAUCCUGUUUAUGUAUUGGACUAUACAUUAUACUUCGAAGUACAGAUAACGUUUAAAUGUCAGAACUUUGCAGAGUCUUAAUUUCCUUAAAAGACCACUUCAUGUCAUGUCACUCUGCCCUAUUAUGACUGUGAUUGAUUGAUCAAAUAACAAAAAUAUUCAUUUGUUCGCAGUGAAAGGCUAUCUACAUAAAUGUCAGCAAUGUGUUAAUGUGCUCUUGUUUUUUUUGUGUGUGUUUGUUUUUGGUUUUUGUUUGCUUAUGCUGCCAAAUAAACUUUUAAAACGCCAUGUUGCAACCUAUGACACAGUAUUGCAACCGGACAAGUACAAGAUCAGCUGUUAUUCUGUCCUGUGAUGUAUUAGAAAGUACUAUUUUGCAGAUACAACCAUAGCAGCAACUGUCAAUUGCAGUGAGCCUUGAUAUUUUAUGUUUGCCCAAUAAGCACUUAGUACGAGUUUAAAGGAGCACUGUCACCAUCUCAGGACUUUGCACAAUUUGCAGAGCCCCAAUGUUGACAUGGCGGCUGGGGGUGAGUUUGGGGGGGCAGGUAAAGGUGAGCUCUACUUACCUGAACCUGUCACUGGUGAGCACAGCCAUCCUCUUUCGUUGGGCUCUUUUCACCAGGAGACGCCAUCACUACUGUACUCUUGUGCAUGCACAAGAGUACAGCCUUGAGGUCAAUGGAGAAUCCUGCAUAGACAGAGCCAAUUCCCUGCAAUUGUCAAUGAUGACGGCUGCUGGGGAUUGACACUUCUAGACGGUGUAUAGAAGUCUAAGGCAGAGGAAAUCUACGGAGACAAAGUAGUCCAUACUCUGUCUAAGUAUAUCACUUGACUGUGUUGGAAUUUAAAGAUAUAUACUGGGGGAGAUGGGAGAUGGGAGAUGGGAGGUGGGUGAUUGCCACUUUAAACUUGGAUUCAGUGAUUUUCUAUGAGAACAGGCUGAGCGCAGCAAAUGGCGUGCAUGCUCUAAGCACCCAAAGCUCCUCUUUGAGAAGUUUUGGAUUGCACCAUGAUUAUCAGGCACAAUGGUCUCACAUAAGGCACAGCGACUGCCGAGAGGAGAUUGUCCCAGCACCUCAUUACAGGUGAGUUUUAUAAGUUUUUUUUUUUUUUUUUUAUUGUAGAUGGAGGAGGGCCAGACUGUAAUAUAAUAAAGAAAUACACUAACAUAUUUAUUUACAUAGUUACAAAACUGAAAAGAGACUUGUGUCCAUCAAGUUCAGCCUUCCUCACAUAUGUUUUUGCUGUUGAUCCAAAAGAAGACAAAAAACCCAGUCUGAAGCGCUCCCAAAUUUGCAACAAACUAGGAAAACAUUCCUUAUUGACCCCAAAAUAGCAGUCAGAUGUUUCCUUGGAUCAAGCAGCUAUUACCCCACUAAUUAGAAAUUCUAUCACUGUUUAUUUUUUAAUGUUGGCGUAUACCUUUUUAACUACACAUUCACAUUUCCUAGAAUCUUGCAUGACAUUUGAGAAGAGACAAGGACAAUGAGUUAGGAUCUAUAAAUGAGUGAUCACUUGGUGAAUGAGUGACAACUCACUUGUACCGUGCCAUAGUGCAGGUCAAAUUCUAGAUUCAUAUUAACUUGAGCCUGUUUGUUCGCAUAAUCCUGCUCAUUACGUGAUCCCUCCAACCUGCCCCCUCAGAUUUGUGCUGUCCCUUCAUUUUCAUUUUAUGUAUCUGGACACAUAUCACACUGAUGGUUUGUGCAUGAAUAGUGCUGUUCUGUAGUAUUUAGAAUUUCAUAUCUUGCAGGAGGGGAUUUAGUGAAAUAAUCACUGAAGAUCGCUCAUUUAUAACAAUUUGAUUUAAUUUGUGCAUUGUACAGGGUGCAACUUUCCAUGUCCUGCCCAACAGCAUCAAAGAAGAUGUGUGUCCAGGAUAACAUGAUGGAUCUGGUAGCCCUAUUUGCCCAGCUAUAUCUGCAUUUCUGGUGCAAAUGUUCCAUUAUCCUCAAGAAAAUAUUUUCAUUUAAAUUCAUAUAACUCAGCAUUGCUUGCUUAAUAGCCUGCAGCUAGUACUUAUUUUUAAUUACAAAGCAGACCAUCUCACCAGUUUGCAGUGGUAGCAACAACAAAAAAAUCUCAGCUCCUAUUUCAUUGCAUCAGGACAGGUCAAGUUGGAUGUAUUCAGGGUUUGAUUUGUUCUGCCUUGCCAUGCGUGUGUGUUUGCAGAGUUCACCAGUGCUCAGUGGUUAAUCAAAAACUGCUGAGCAGAAAGGAUCUCAAGGGAAAGAAGUGUACUGAGUGGAGACAGAAGGUCUACCGUUUAUAAAUAUAUGACAAAGAGACGUAGAAACCUCGACUGUGAAAAGACAGACAGGACAUAGUGGCAUGUGACUGUUUAAGGCAUAGUGACAGGUGUUACAAAUACGGCACAGUGAUCACCACUGAGACCAUUAUAGCAUAGUGACUGCUCUAUUAAAAGAGCAGAGACAGAGUUGAGUAAUAAUUAAUAUUAAUACUGUAUUUCUUGAAAUCUGUGAUAGCUAUGAUGAAGCAUAUCUACUUUAAGGCUGUUAGAGCAGGAUGGUAAAUGUAGUAUAGACAGAUACUCCGUAACAGGGAAGGACAUUUUAGUAAGAGUCCGGUUACGGCAAGAGAGGUGUUAAAACAAGUCUGCAGUGAUUUGCCUGGGCAGACAUUAAGACAGACACACUGGGAAAGGCUUAGUUCAGGAGCAUCAACCUCUCCAAAGAGAUGCCCAACUACGACUCUAAUUUAUGUGACUUUCAGAGAAUUAUGGGAGUUUUAGUCCACCAUCCAUUUUUUUAAGGUGGAUACACCUUGAUUAGAUGCCAUCACAAGAAAACCCCUAUUCAAGGAUUGAAUGUUUGUUAUAGUUCUGCUGAUUACAUUUCUGUACGUUGUAUACAGUGUAACACAUUUUCCACAGAUGGAUACGAGCUCUAAAGAGAAUGCUGCCACCAGUCUGUUCCGCGAGUAUCUGAGGAUACGAACUGUACAUCCAGAGCCGGAUUAUGGUAACAUGACAUAUUUAUCUAUAUAUGUACUACAUCAUUUAUUACUGCAGUGAUGCUAACAGUUUGGCCUGCAGAUGUUUGUGGUGAGUAAGUAGUCUUCAAGCAUCUGUCCUGCUGAGUUAAGCCAUCACUGCAGUACAGACAUAGUAUCUAAUGACAGGCCUGGCUAAGUGUUUUUAUAAAUCAAUAUGUUUGCAUUACAGAUGCUGCGGAGAAGUUCCUCGUCCGGGUGGCAGAGGAUAUUGGAUUGAAGAGCAGAAAACUGAAGGUAAAAAGAGGAAAGUAAAGUAAAGAGACAGCCUGAGUAUGAGAGAGACAGGAAGAUAAUAAAAUAAAGGGUGGACAAGUGAAAUGGUACAAUGGAGGAUGAAUUUCAAAUAAGAGAGGAGAAAGAAUUUAUGGGGAAAUGAGGUCUGAAAACAGCAGAAAGGGAGUAAAACGGAGAUGGAUUCUAGGAAUAGAAAGGGGGAGUCUUGCAGAGGAUUGAUCAGAGGGGAAAAAGUAAGGGGCAUAGUGUGAUGAGAGAAGACGAAAAGUACAUGAAAGAAAGAUGAAUAGAUGAGAAGGCAGAAUAAAAUGGCUGAAAUGGAAAAUAUAUUUCCAAGAGGAGGAGGAGGAAAAAAAAACCACACAGAUAGAGGGGUUAUAAAAGUUAAAAAACACUUGAAAUGAAAAGGAAAGAUCAAAUGGGAGAAUCAUGGAGAGCAGGUGACAGAAUUAGUAUUUAUUAAAAGGGGAACUGUCACUUUUCUGAAAUUUACACAAUUAAAUAAACAUUGAAAAUAUCCUAUAACUUGUUUAAAAAAAAAACCAAAACAACACACCAUAACCACUAUAGCUCACUGUAAGGAUAUGAUGCCAGAAGAGAACAGGACCCCCAUUGUAAGUAGUCAAACCAUUUUUGAACAGUUUAGCUUCCUACCCGGAGAUCUGCAAGAUUUUAUGCAGGAACUUUCGUUUAAUCUCCUGAGCUCAUUGGCUGAAAGUGAUCAGCUGAUGCCUUCUGCACCAUCAAUCCAAUGCUUCACAUAGAUAAUUAUUAAAUCUAACACAGCCCUAUAAGAAGCUGUAGCUGUGUUUAGAGUCAUCAUGCUGUGUGCACUUCCUACAUAUCUGUGCCAAUCCAUACUCCCUCGGUACACACACUGACAUAUUUUGCUCUGUUCUUUGAACCCACUUCUUUUGCAGAUGUCCUCUGGACGCACAAUAAUUAUCAUGACCUGGCCGGGAACGGAACCUCAACUCAAGUCUGUGAUUCUGAAUUCCCACAUAGAUGUGGUGCCUGUAGAUGAGGUGAGCAGUUUUAAAUACCUACAUUAAGUACAUGGAGUUACAGAAUGCACACAAUCUAAAUGGCCCUUUCUCUCUUUCUCCCCUUCCUCUACCCCUCCACCCCCCUCUAUCAGGAAUUCUGGACAUAUCCACCAUUUGAAGCUCACAAGGACGAUUCGGGAAAUAUAUAUGCUAGGGGAACACAGGAUAUGAAGUGUGUUACGAUCCAGUGAGUCACAGAGUUAUACCUUUGUUAAAAGGAACUGGUGGAACUAGGAAAAAAUAGGUUGAGAAUGCUUAGGAAAGGUGGGGGUGAAAAUGGUUGGUGGUUAAGAAGAGGAGGAGACCUAUUUGUGUUUAAUAAGAUUUUUACAUUAGUAGAAGAAAGAAAGAUACACAGUAGUGUACAACAAAAGAUUCAACACAAUUCCAUCACAUGAAUGCAGCAGGCUAACUGAUACCUACCUCGAAAAGAUCUCUGUAAGACCGGAUAUGCCAUACAGAGCAAAUGCAUGUUCGCCAUGACUAAAUAUAUAUUAAUUAAAAUAUUAUGUAACAGGAGGAACAAGGCUAAAACUAGCGCAAAAACCUCAGUGCCAGAUGUAGUGUCAGUAGUAGUCCCUCAUGCCUGGUAUAAAAGAGAAAGUGAGACUAAUUUGGUUGCCAGCUAUAUUAUGUGCCAACUGAGAUUGUCUGUAAGAGAGAAAAUACAUACAGGACAGUAUAGCGGAAAGAUAAGGAAAAAAGAAGGAAAGUAAAGAAAAAGAAGAACCGAAAGAGAAACAAAAGAAGGAUAAAGAUGGUUCCAGGGCAGUCUAAGUGGAACCGUCCAAGGUAAACAGUCCAUGGGGCUCCAGCAGAAACAGCCUGUGCCCCUCCUAGGAGUAAUGGGAUCCUCCACAGUGAGGCACAUUACACUGGCCACUUGAAUCUGACAGGAGACACCCAAAUGCCCUGCCAUUAUUCCUCCCAGUAUCCAGACACAGCUUUUAUCAUUACGGGCACAACACUCUGGACCCUCCCCAAAUGCCUGGAAGUAACUCGGAUCCACAGGGCAAUGUCCUAAGGGAUGAAGCCAUUUUUACUUUGCCUAAGUAUGCUAACCUAGAGUUUAAUUUUUUUGUGUCAGAUGUGAUAUCUUAGAAUAAAGUUUGGAAUUUAAGGGGCAGAGAUUUUAGACUAAGGGUUCCACUGUAAAUGCAUGCUUCACCAAAGCCCUGACCGUCGGCUAAACAUCUGUCUUCUUUAAAGGUCUAACGGAAACUGGCAAUGAUGGUUCUUUUUGUGCUCUUUGCAGGUAUCUUGAAGCCUUACGUGAGCUGAAGUCUAAGGGAUUUCAGUUUCCCCGUACCAUUUAUCUAACAUUGGUGCCAGGUAAGUUGUUGGAGAGAAAGGCUUGUAUUUCAUAAACCUUGACGAGUGUUAAUUGCUGGAUGAAAUACAGAGUUCUUACCAAAUUUGGAGUUUAGAGUAUUAAGGUAAAAUAAAUGUUACCAAGCUAAAGCUAAUAUUAUGUCAAUGUCAUGCUACUCAUGUUAAUAGAUGAAGAGACUGGGGGACAUACAGCGAUGGAGCUAUUAGUACGUCAGCCAGAGUUUGAAGAACUUAACCCUGGAAUCACACUUGAUGAAGGUUAGCCAUGCUUCUUACUUUGCUUUACAUGGAGGUCUCAAAGCCUCACUCCUUCUAGUGUCUGCCUUUCACUUUCUCCAGUAAUUUAUCUCACCCAGAUAACAUUAAAUAUACUUUUUAAAACUUCUUGAACUGACGUAAAUCCUCACAACAACUAAUCCUUUUUAACAACAUUGUAGUAGUUCAUAUUUGUGCUUACUCAUGCUUUGCAACAUUUUAAUCUCGGGGUGAAAAAUGAUGAAAGUCAAAAGAUUUUUUGAAAGUCAGUGCGAAUUAUAGUGGCUCUGUCCAAUGCAGUCAGUGACGGCACUACUGCCACUGCAGUCAAUGGUACUGUAUGGGGGUUCUAGAUGGCACAGCUCACAGAAAGGGCCAGAGUUUCACCACUAGCCCAAUUCUGGUGCUGAUGGGCCCUCUGGUGCUGCCACCCACAUGGAGAGAGAAGCAGGUGGCCGGCUUUGUCCCUGCUACUUUCUUUCACACAACUACAUAAUAUGCUAGAGUUGGUUGCACCCUUGAGUGACCGGGACCCACCCUUUAUAUAUAUCAGUUAUUGCACUGUAACAAGCUUGAUACGACCAAAAAUUUGCUUCUUGUUGUAAGAUCUCAAUAAAAUGUGGGUGCUAUUGACAUAUAGUGGUGCUCUGGACCAUUACUUUUUGGCUUACAAAUACUAUUACAAUGUUCCAUGGUUUGAUUGCCCUCACUGAGUGUGUGUAUUCUAUAUGGGAGUGGCUGGCUGAUUAUGAUUCUUUUUACAUAAAAUCUAGGCAUGACAUUAAGGCAUUCUAAUUCAACAGAUUAAUGUGAAAUGUUAAAACUACGCCUUGUUUCUCUCACACUUUCCUCCGUUCACCACAUAUACUUUUGUCUUUACAGGUCUUGCAAGCCCCACGGAAGAAUUCAGUGUGUUCUAUGGGGAGAAAUGUCCCUGGUGUAAGUGCUACUCUGCUAGUCCAAAUAUCAAGUCAGGGAAGGGCUCGAGCCUCAGACUUAAACACAGGAAGCGCCAAAACUGUGAGCCUGCAAAGAUGGGUUUCCAUAAACAUGCAUGUUUCCCAUGGGUCCAGGUUUGUAAGUGCUCUGAAUUGGUUUGAGACCCACAUCUUGUAUUACGCUCUCCAGCACCCUGUUUCUUGAGACACUUAAAUAGAUCAUUCCACUUUCCCGGUGCACUUUGAAGAUUAUUUGAUGAGAAUUAUGGAAACGAGAUUCUGGCAGAAUCUCUGAUUAAUAUAUCCCUUUUAGUGUCGUAUAUCUCUGUUCUUUCUUUUAGUCUUCCCAUUUAUCCGACUUAUCAUAAUUUAUUAUACCAUACUGUUUGGCCUGUCUUACCAGGGAUAACCGUUCACUGUCCGGGGGACCCAGGACAUGGAUCACGUUUCAUUGAGAAUUCGGCUGCCUCAAAAUUAGUACGUUUUCAUGAAAACUUUUUUUAUUUUCCCCUCCUCUCUCUUUCUCUCCAUUUCAUUUUUUAACACUUCCUAUGCAUUUCUGUACUGUAACUUUAAUACUUGGACUAUUUUAGAUUAGAGAGUGACACUUGUAUGUCUUGAUAAACUGAUGAAUGCUGUAUUUAUUUCAAGCGGUUUAACUCCAUGUGCUCCCAUGUAAAACCUUUACUGUUUAUGUAUUAUAAAUAGCUAUUCUGAGAGUUACAAUUUUCAGAUGUAGUGUGAGACUCCUAGGAUAAACUGGUUGGUAAUCUUAAAUUGGUCCAAAAGAGGUUUAUCCCGAAAAAAAAGAGCAACCAGUCACCUGGAAUUGUCUUUACAUAGAUAAGUAUCAAAUAUUCCCAAUACAUUAUAACUACUUUCAUAUUGCCAACGUUAUGUAAAUGUUGCUGGAAAUACCACUUAAAGAUGAAUUUUAGUGUAGAAGCAGAUAUCUUAGAUUGCACUCCAUAAGUGACAAUAAAUAUAUUAAAACAAUGCUAAAUGUAAGUGAUUGAUGAACUUGCAGGAUUCCAUUUUACAGGAAAGAGAUUGGUGUUUAAUAAGAUUGCAGCUUGUGCCAAUGUUUGCCACAUGCAUUCUUGUCUACAUUGGUAUAUUUACUAAAACAAUGUUGUAGAUAAUACCCAUAACACUAUCUCAUUGUUUUAUUUUUUUUCAGCAUUUUGUGAUUACAAAAUUUCUUGAAUUUCGAGAGAAGGAGAAACAAAAGUAGGUGUAUAUUUAUGUGUGUGUGUGCAUGUAUAUAAUCUCCAUUUGUCAUGUUUAUUUAUAAUUUGAACUUUAUAAAUCUGUCUAAAAAUUAAAAUCACUCUAUUCAAGAGCCACCUGAUUGGCAAAACAUAUGUCUGGGCUCUCUUACCCUCUGCUUUUUUUUUUUUUGUCUUCUGGGAUUUCAGCUUUUGUGAUCACAUUUAAGGACUGUUUUUAUAGACAGACUGCAGUAUCUACAUUUUCAUAUACAUACAUUUGUGUAUUUUUUUCACACAGGGAAGUGUACAGUAGGGCUCAGUUUAUGGUAGUUUAGUUAAGUUGGAUCUGAUAGUACUUAGCCAUAGAGAUAGAUGCCGUCAAAGGCACUGUUAGGAAUUACAGGGAUCCCCAUUGGAACAAGGUAAACCGUAUUUUAUAUCUUGCCUGUCCCUCCUAUGCUUUUCUUUAUUUAUUAUACUCCAGACUGAUAAUAAUAAUAUUAUUAAUACUAUUUAUAAAGCGCCAACAAAUUCUGCAGCGCUGUACAAUGGGUGGACUAACAAACACGUAAUUGUAACCAGGCGAGUUGGACACACAGGAACAGAAGGGCUGAGGGCCCUGCUCAAUGAGAUUCCAUGCUAAAGGGAGUGGGGUAAUGUGACACAAAAGGUAAAGGUAGGGGUAGAAAAGUAAGAGGCGUAGUGUGUUUUUCUAUUUUUUAUUUUUUUUAUUUUAAACGUUUAGACUGUUCAGUGAGACUGGGGGAUUCAAAUUCAAAAAACAAGUUUUUUUGAGUCAUAAGCAAAGUCAGCGAUUUAACUUCUCCUAAAUUGCACAGUUUCCAAAAUACACUACAACUUAGAAGUUCAACUGGUUUCAACUGUUUGAAGGAGGUUUGAAGCUGGCUUAAGAAGAGACAGGACUUGUAAUAGGAAAUCAUUGUUGACAGUGCAGAGUAAGCUAAAGAGAAUUGCCUAAGCUAAAAACCACAAAGGUUUGCUGAGUGAGGAGUCAAAAUUUAACAUUUUUAGUCCCAGUCAGGACCCUAAACAAGAGUCUCAGCUACCCAAACAUCCUUUAAAAGGGCAUUCCAGGCACGUAGAUAUUAUUAUUAUUAUUGAAAAUUCUUGUAGUUGUAAUGUUGUUACUGUGAUAUUAUUUGUGUUUUUAUUAUAUUUUUGGUAAUUGAUAUUUGAUAAUUGUGCUACUCAGGCUAGAGUCUGACCCCAAGCUUACACUCGGAGAUGUCACUUCUGUUAACCUCACUAAAGUCAGUGGAGGGAUAUCAUAUAAUGUUGUCCCAUCUGAGAUGUCUGCAACCUUUGAUUUGCGAGUACCACCUACUUUAAACUUAAAGGUACAGUAGUAAUAUCCUUUUUUUUUUUUUUCUCCUCGCUUCUCCAUCCACUCAUUAUAUUUACUAUACAAAGAAUUAAGGAAAAUCGGCAAGGGUAUUGCACAUUUCAACCCCAAAUAGCCAAAUUGGAAAAUUUUCUAAAACUACGCAAUUUUUUUACAGCUCGACCUAAGAUGUUCAACUUGUCAAUUCUCCAUAAUUCUCAACUUCUUGAAUAAACUCUAGUGUAUUUAACCUUUAUCUUUACUGUAUAUUGUUCCACUUUCUUCCCAGUCUCACUUCCUCAUAUGUUUUUGACAGUUUUUCUUUUCUCAAUUCCCUCGUUUCUUUCUCAUUCGACUCUUUUUAAAAAAUUUUUAUUCUGAUGCAUACAAAAAAUACAAAAAUAAGUGCUGCACAAUAACCUUGACAUUUAAGUGGAUUUAUAUAUAACCCUAUAUCUCUACAAAUCUAGUUCUUCAUACAUUAGACUCCUGAACCAAUGACUACUUACCUGACUAGGUGGCCUUGUAGGUGACCAGGUUCUGCCUUGAUUUCCCCUAUUUUCUCUGCUUUACAUUAUUUUUUAUUUUCUCAUACCUUGACUGAUACUACUUUCCCUCUCCCUAGGAAUUUGAAAGCCAGAUAGAGGGUUGGUGCCGAGAAGCUGGAAGUGAUGUGACCUGGGAGUAUCAUCAGGUGAGAUGGGAUGACGUUUACGGUGGCUUGUGACUUCACAUUUAAACCUGCACCCAACCUGAUUAUUUUACUCUUUAUUUUUCUAGAAAUGUAUGAAUCAGAAUGUGACAUCCACAGAUGAUUCCUAUCCUUGGUGGAAAGCAUUUAGCUCUCCCUGCAAAGAACUGUGAGUAACACUGGGUCAAAGAUAACCAGGAAAACUAGUUGGGUGGAUUAUAAGAUGACUGUCAGAGGGCAACAAAGAGCCAGAGUAGAACAAUAAUACUGGUUAUUAUUAGCCAGGGUUAUACACGGAGAGGGUGCAAUCCAGAGAAUGAGUGUAUAAAAGACGAGUUGUUUCUAUUUGACCAUAAUUAAGAACGAGAAAUCAUGCUAGGAAGUAUUCCAGGCUUUGAUACCUAUUGUUCUUCACUUAUGGAAAUAUCACCUAUGGAGAAAAAUAAAUAAUAUACAGUGCACACUAACACUAUAAUUGUGGAUUAACAGAUCAUUUAAUUUUAAAUGAAAUGUCCUCAUUAUUAUGCCGCAUGCAGAAGGGGUGUACAAACACUGCCUUUUUAUUCACUAAUAUUUAAAAACGUACAUAUAUGUGUUGAGAGAAUUGAAAAUGUUUUUUUGUUUUUUUUCUUAAUGGUUUUGCCAUACUAAUUUCCUGGUGUCCAGUAGGGCUAUUUGUAUCAGCUAUUUGUUGUACAGUUGAGUUGGUGUGUGCUAUAACGUGCCAUUCACUGAGUAGAUUCUGUUAUGAUAUAAUUCUGGCGUAUUCUAUUGGUCAGUGAGAAAUGGUCUGAAAUUAACCUUUAUGUCUUCCAAACAGGGGUUUAAAGCUCAAACCAGAGAUUUUCCCAGCAGGAACAGACAGCCGCUACAUACGAGAGGUUAGUAUAAGCAUGAACCCAAUAUGGUUUCUUUAUUUUUAAAUCACAUGUCUCUGUCACAUCCUGUCCAAUAACAUGGGCUUUUGUAAAUAAAAAAGAUUGUAUAUUAUGCAAUGACUUGUAUAACAAUCCUCUGUUUCUUCUUAUCUUGUGAUUUUGAUUCCAUCUCUUUCUAUAUCCCACAUUGUUUAUCUGUCCAUCUUGGUCAGACUCUCUUAUUCCCAGAUAUAAUACAGUCUGUUUCCAAACACCAUCUUUGUUCCUCCUUUACCAUUCAUUUUGUUACAUGCUUCUCUUUGCAUACUUAUACUGCCCAUCACGCAAGGGUGACCAUACCAUAGAUCUCAAACUUGUGUAAAACAACUCCUGUGUUCUGCGGUAGAUCAUGGUCCUUCUGGUCAAACUAAGAUCUUUGUUUCUCCUAGGUUGGGUAUCCUGCUAUUGGGUUCUCGCCCAUAAAUCACACGCCCAUCUUGCUGCAUGAUCAUAAUGAGUAUUUGAAUGAAGAUGUCUUCCUACGUGGAAUCCAUAUAUACACCAAGAUCAUCACUUCACUGGCUAGUGUUCCUGCCUUUGAUGGAGAACAUUAACCUACAAAACCACACUCAGGGAUGGUAUUAAUGUCUUAAACUCAGAGUCAGGGUGGUAAGAUGGGGCUAAACUCAGGGAUCUUACAAUUGCAAUCAAACAUAAAGCUUUAAUAAGUCAGAGUAGUACAGUUAAAUGGGUAAACCCAGAGUGUCAAAGCACUCUUGUUGAUGGAACAGAGGGAUUCUGUAUGUUUACAAAAAACUAAAGGGAUCAUGUGGAUGUAGUCUGUGCCAUUUAACAUGUUUAAAUGCCACUGGCGUUCCACAUCUAUGCAACCAUAACACUAAAAGUGUCUUCGUCAAUGCUCUGAAUGUCUCGCUUCCAGUUUCCCCUCUUUAAGUGCAGUCAAUCACAUCAUAUUCAAUUAACCCAGCGGAUUAAUUUAUAUAACCAAAGAUAGCUCAUAUUUGAUUUCGCAUGAACUGUUUAAUCAGUCUGCACAAUUAUAUAUCAUUAUGGCCACAAUUUAAUAUAUUUAGAGGAGAUUUUCUAAAUAUUUUUUAUAUUUGAUUUAUAUUUUUUGAUAUUUUAGUAUUUAGAUGGGGUUUUUUUUGUUUUGUUUUUUAAAAUGUUAUCAAAAAUAUUAAAUUGAGGCCUAUAUUUCAAAUACUAUUAUUUUUUUGUAAAACUUUACAAGUGAUACAGUGCCUUCAACCCUCUGAUGCAACCAGUGAAACACCCACACAUAAAAUGCUCAAUUUUAGUGCAUGUAACCUGCUGUAGGAACAAAUGUGCUUUGUUUGAGAAACAUUCGAUAAACAAUCCACUGAAUGAAAUAAUGUGUGAGUUAGAAUAUUUUGUAGCUUAUAUUAAUUUAAUCUAUUAGUCUGACAUUAUGAAUAAUUGUCAUUUUAGUGAAGUCAUCAAGAGAAACUAGGUGUAGAUUAUAGAUCCUAAUAUAUUUUAAACCAAAAAAUAUAUAAAUUUUAAUUUAAAAAAAAAAUGCUUUGAUAUGUCAUCUACAAACAGAAUGGAAAAUCAAUUACCUACCCACUGUCCAUAAUGCAGCCAAUUUUUUUUUUGGCUAUUUCUAACUCAGCUGCAGGUGACUGUCCUCCUAAGCACCACAUUUGUACAGUGCUACGGAAUUUAUUGGUGCUUUAUAAAUAAUAAUAAUAGAAGUGCCAUCUGUACUUUAGCAGUAAUGACUAGUCUUGCCCCUACAAAUGUUUUUAAAGUACAUUUACUGUAAUAUAAAAUGUGGUGCACCAAUAUUUGUAGUGGAGAGCUUCAGUGGCAGAUCCGGAAGAUAACCUUGGGUGGGGUAUUGCUGCAGUGUAGCUUGGCAAUAGAGUGCUAAAAUAGAAAUGAAGUGAGGAGGUAUAAUAGACAAGUAACUAUCUCCCGAUUCCUCCCAAUCUCCUGGUUCAAAGGACCCUCAUUAUGAACUGGCACUCACCUUUGUAGCGCUGCCAAAAGUCAGGAGGCUAUCCAAUAUGCAUGAUCUGCUAUAUAAUUGGUGGAAUAAGUGUCAGAAUAUUUAUAGGAGUCAGAAAUCUGUUUUGUAUAAAAAACCACCCAUAUAAUAUGAAAUAUUCUUCAGGUAUCUAGCUGUCCGCUCUCUCAAUCUGAUUUUAUCAAGAGCAGUGGCAGACAGUCAGACGCAGACCUCCAGCUCCUGUAACUGUUUCUGUACAUAUACAACCAACAAUAUAAAUGAUAAUAUAUUGCAGGUAAACUGUUGAUAUGAGGCUGCUCUGCAAAUAUUGUUGGUGUCCACCAUAGUUCCUGAUGUUGGUAUUUUCCCCAGCUGGAAGUGGGUCUGGAUCCAAUACUGCUGAGGAUAGCGACCUAUCCCUUAGGCACAACAUUGUAUCUGUACGGCAUCCCAAGUUUAUUUAAUCAACCACUUGUCAGUAAGACACUGUAUGCCAGUGACCACUGCCAUUUUAUUUUUCUCAAACUUUUUUUUUUUUCUUACUGAAUCACAUUGUGGAAUGAAAAUUUGACAUGUCAGAAAUGUGAGUCAUAAACAUUUGCAAUAAUAAAACCAAAAUGUAAAUUUUUAUAAAAGCUGUAAGAAAAAUUAUGAAGGAAAUAAGCAACCUUUAAAAAGGGGUUUCUCUGCGCAACUAGAUAUGAAUGCAGCUGCAUAUUUUCCUACGGCAGCCCGUAUCACUAUAGUUUUAGUCUCAGUGAGGAAACAGGCAACAAUGAUUGAUUAAAAGUCACCAUUUUGGUGCUCCAUUUCACUGUGCGGCAGCUAUUUACUAAGCCAUGGAAUGGAACAUGGUGAGUAAUUUAAUUAAAAAUUUACUUCUGGAAAUAAUAAACUUAAAAAUGACUCUGCAGUCACAUGUCUGUAUUACUUAAUGCAAAAAAAACAUUCUUGGGUUUGUAGGUCAGUGUGUCUUCUUACGGUUUUGGAAAUUUCAGUUUUAUAAAAAUUUAUUUCACAAUUUUUUAACAGAGCAGCCCCAUUAAGCUGUGUUUUAUUAUAAAAAACCUUACGGGUGGAUAUUUCUAUACAUAGUUUUGAUUAUUGAAAAUCAAACACACUUAAAAUGAAGUACAUGAAAUUAAUAUUGAGUUUCUUGUAAUAAUAUAGUUAUUGACUGUGCCAAUUAUUCACCUCCUCUUCAGCUAUCAUUCACAAGGGGUAACAUGGCUCACCCGUAUCUCAAUCUCCACUCAUUUGUGCUAAUCAUUAAAUGUAUCAGUGUGUUAAAUCUGCAAUACUUCUGUAUAUGAGCAUACCACUUUUUUGUAUUACCAUCCUGGCUCUGUGUAUAAAAUAUAACAUCAUAAAAUUGCCACCUGUCAUGUGUAUAAUUUCACGUGUAUGUGAAAUCACCGCACACCUCUGUAAAUAUACAUUAUGAUAUACAGUUUAAUUAACUUUGUUUGUGUUCUAUGUACAUUGUGAAUCCACUUCACAAAUCAACACUUCAUAUACUUAGUUUUAAUAUAAUAUAUUAAUAUCCUCCCCUGGCUGAGACUUACACAACCUCCCUACACACUUUCUGGAAAAAAAGUUUUAAUUUGUUUACUUGACCAGUACUUUCUCUGCACAGUUAAUUAACUACUAGUGCAAAGCUGCCUCUUGCAAGAAAUUAAAUAAAGAAAAAAUAGGAAGAACUAUAUAAAUACAAAAAAUA